AUGGUUCUAUUUAAACGUAAACAAGUGGAAUUCGUCCCUCCACCAUCCAUUCCAAAUGAAUUUGACCCUGAUCAACCGGUCUGGCUUAUUCCUGAGACUGGAGAGUGGUUUAUUGAGUAUGAGGAUUACCUAAGACGUAUGAGCUACUAUAAGAUCAAGAAAUUCGUCUGUGAAACUUCUGGCAACUCCAACUUUACCUAUUUUGAAGCGUUAAAAGUCGAAAGGAACGAGCUGCGAUUGAUGGAGACCAAAUUCCCCGAUCCUAUCAAAGAGCCCAUCUUACGUUACGUGUCGUUCUCUACGGUUCCUAGAAUUGAUGUUAUGGUUGAUGAUGUCUACACCCGGUUCAAGGAGGACUUUUUUCCCGGGGACCAGGUCAUUGUCAAAGGUCCCCAUGAGAAAUUCAGAGGAAUCGUUAGAGAGAAGGCUCGUUUCAAUCCAAUUCAACUACCCGAUGGCACAGUAAGAGACGGCUAUUGUUCGUAUCGGGUUCUUCUCGAGACCAACGAAGAGAUCACUGUUAACGACUCUUCUCGGAUGUCCAGAGAGCGUAAUACUUUUACCAAAUGGUUUGUCAAGUCAUUUCUCAAGAUGAGCCUUACCAGAGCCAAUCGUUCUGGUGCUCCGUGGGUGUUGAAGGAGACUAUUGCACAGAAGUACAGAAUUCCUUUGGAGUAUCCUGCCGAGUUGCGUCAUUUCGAGGCAGAACUAGCUGCAGAAAACGACGACACCAACAAAUCCAGGCAUGGCAGGUUGUAUGUUGAUGACUCAAGUGUCGUUCAGGAACCUCCAGCCACUUCCACUCUUGCAUUUAACCUGUUUGACGAUGUCAAAGAGACUCCACCUACAGGUUCCGAGCAAGAAAAUGGUCGCAAUCUACAGGAAUGGAAAGAUAAAUGGUACGAGGUUCUUCAAAAGGCUACCGCUUACUUUGAUGAUCUAACAGACGAAGAGAUCGACCCUGAUCUUCUCCAUAAAGUGGAGAGCAUGUUUGAGUUUGCCGGGGUUACCCGAAUGGAUACUUUUGUGCCUGGGAAGGUGAACUUCUACAUCACGCCACGUACCUAUUCUAGCAGAGUCCACUACGAGUUCGACGAUGACUUCUCGUCCGUUCAUUUGCAUAAAAUCAAGGUUUGGCACUAUGAAAAGUGUAUUCGUUUCUUCAAAAGCAUCAAUAUUACUCCCCGUAAGAUUGAGCAGGCUCGUUUGUUAGCCCAGAUGCCUGGUGCCGAUAUUGCAGACGUUAAAAGGCUCAUUAUAGCCAAUAGAAACUAUCCCCAGAGCGCCAUUCAACAGAAGCUUCCUGUAGAGAGUCAGAACUUUCUAAACAAACUACCCACCAUUCAUCAACAGCAUCAGCGUCAUGCUAACAAACCUACCAAGCCUCCAAGUCCCAUCGAGGAUUUGGAUCUAGCCUUUACAGGCUACACACCUUCUCAGACAUCCCAUUGGAAGUAUUUAGAGGCUGAAUUUGGUGACCCAUCCAUCCUACUAGGUAUUUGGAUCUUUAUGAACAUGUACAACAAGGCUCUUAUCAUUGAUAACUUUACAUUUGAUGAUUUUUGUACGGCAUUGAAAUGGAGAGAUCAGGAGGAACCUUGCCAGCUAUUAUUGGAGAUAUUCUGUUCCUUAAUGACGGCACUUACUGAUGAAACCGGUCAUCUGGCUCUUACAAUACCUGAAGAAUUGAUUGAAGAAGACGAGGAGAAGGAGGAGAAGGUUAAGACAAAGCCAGAAAAGAGCGACACUGUCGAGGAAGAAGACCACUCUGACGAAAUAACCCACAACGCCUAUGCCAUUAUUCAGUAUCGUCGAAUCUCCUGGAAAGAACGACUCAGAAAACGGCAGUUCAAAAAUGGUGGCUGGCUUAUCAUUUUACUUGGCAUCUUCUCACUUGUAGAUUACAUCCCGGACUAUAUGGACACAAUCAACGAGAUUGACUGUAUUCUUGCUCCUGGUGAUUACAAGCCGACUCAUGUGACAGUGGAGAACAACUUCUACGAGUCGUUGUCGAGUGAGUUACGUGUAAAAGCACUCGAUAUACUAGUGAGUUUGCUUCUCAACAGUAGUAUUAUAAGAGAUUACAUUGAUAAAGUUGCCGAAGACUCAUCAAAUCUUCGUCGUGAAAGAUUUGAGUUGAUUAGACAGCUCAAGACAAAACUUGAGGAGGCUCAUGAUGUUCAGAAACUCGUUACCGAGGCCCUGGAAGAGAUUGACACUACGGAAAUCGAGAAGAAGCUGCAACAAGAGAAACCAGAGGAAGUGGGAAAGCCGGAAACGGAGCAGAAACCUCGACGUAGAGGAGGACGUCCAUCACUUAACUACAUUCCUCCAGAACCUACAGAAUUAGAGAAGGCAGUAUGUCUAUCGCAUCCGGAGUUUCUGAAGUUAAUUAAGGAGAGAAGUGAGAAGAUGAAAGUGAUUAAGAAGUCUAAAGUCAAGAGGAAGGAGAUUGAGAGACAAUUGAAUGAGUUGAACAUUCAAAGAAUGAGGUACAUUGGAAGAGAUCGGUAUUUUAAUAGGUAUUGGUGGUUUGAGCGUAACGGGUUACCUAAUUUAGGAUCAUCUGUUGAUGAGGAGGGGGAGGGUGAGGGUGAGGGUGAGGACAACGAGGAGGAGGCGAACGACGAGGAGGGGGACGACGACGACGAAGAUCAGUAUAUAUCUGAAACAUAUCUUAUGGGAAGAUUAUGGGUUCAGGGUCCUACAGAUUCGGAUAGGAAGUAUCAUUUACAUUUUAGUGACGAGGAAAUGAAGGUAUUUGAGGAGAAAGCCAGGGGAGCCGGUGGAGCCGGUGGAGCCGAUGGAGCUGUUACAGGGGAUACGGGACACCUCUCUGCGCUGGAACGAAAAGUAAUAGAAGAAGGAAAAGAUGUAUUAGUAGGAAGUUCAAACUGGAGAUUUUUGGAUACAGUCGAAGACUUACAAAAGCUUAUUAUGUGGUUGAAUGUGAGUGGAAUUCGAGAAAAAGGACUUCGAAAGGAGAUUGUGGAUCUGCAAGAGUUAAUUAAAAACAGUUUAAAGUCUCGAGCAGCAUUUUUAGGGAUUGGUAUGAAGAGCGACAAGCAGCUAGAGUUAGAGAGAGAGAUUACAGAGAAUAAAGGUGAAGCUGAACGAAAAAGAAAAUUUCAAGAACUGGAGGAGAGAGAUAUCAAACGAGCCAAACGUGGCAGUAGGCCUGCAGAAAGAAUUGCCAAGAGACAGGAACUACGACGUCAUGAAAAAGAGCUGGAAGAGAAAUUGGAAGCUCGAGAGAAACUAGGCGAAUUAAGUGGUAACCGAGAUAGAGAUAACGCUUUACUAUGGGUGAACUCGUCAGCACUGGAACAACUACAACAUACUCAUUACGAGGGAGGAAAGGCACUCAAGAAGACAGGUAAGAAGAAGAAGAGAGGCCGUCGGUAG